AUGGCUACUCUCGAAAGCCUCCCGCUCGAGAUCCAGAAGAGGAUCUUGUGCAACCUUGACAAGGCGGCGGAUGUCCUCAAAAUGUGCACCCUGUCUCGUACCAUGUACCAGGCCGCUUUCCCGGUCUCCAAGCAGAUCGUCGAAUCCAAACUUGGUGUCGACGUCGUUUCCAAGGUCUUCCCUGAUGUCCUGGCUGUCGUCAUGUUCCCUGUCGUCGACAUGUCGGCCAUUCCCGAGGCGCAGAAGGCCAUCAUGGAAGAGCAUCUGAUGAAGUGGAAGAAUGGAGACCUCAUUGGAGUUGCCACUGAAAACGACCAGAAUAAUGCUUCUCGCUACCUUUACAUGGUCGUCGUCCCUUUCACUGAGGACUAUGGAAGAAUGGCCUUGGACCUAGACCUUUCCAGCUACCCCGUCCACGGCGAAGCACUGGGCCACAAGCGUCUUCCCAGAACGUCUAGCAUCUUUUACAAUCCUCGCUCCAAGGUCCCGAUCUUCAGCGCCGAAGAGCACAUCAGACUCAUUCGUGCCUUUUCCCGCUUCGAUCUGUUCAGCAAGGUCAUCAAGGCUCGUUCUGGCCCGCAGCUUUGGACCAUGACCGAGCAGGAGCAGCUUCUGGCUACCUUCUUCGACGCCUGGGAGGUGGAGGAGAUCCUUUGCGUCCAGCAGUAUGUCAUGGACGCUCACGUCAUGCUCUGGCGGGAGCACAUGAUCUCUGUGUCUCGCAAACUCUCCGUUGCUUCUGCCGUGCGCCCUUCAGUCGGUACGCGGUCGGCCCGACCCAGCAGCACGAACCCUCAUGUUGAGACGUUCGAAUGGUUCAAGCUUUGUUUUGACGAAGGAGAGCACACCCAGACCAGUGACCAUGUCAAGAACCUCUAUCGACUCAGACAGAUGCCCGACGGCCCGAAGCCAGGUCCUCUUAUCCAGGAAAUCCAGUUCCUCGACAUCGAGACGCAGUCGACUUUCGUCAAGCAGCUGGCCACCCUGGGACUCGGAGCCCUCAGAGAGUUCUUGGCCCCCGGUCGAAUGAACUACGACUUUUGGGUUCGACGCUUCUCUCCCAUCAUGCUCCACAACAUCUGCACCCCCGAGGAAGCAGAGUACUUUGGCAUCAGUAGCUGCAUGCUCUGGACUGAUAGAGCCUAUGGUUUGGAGGACCUUUCCGGUUCGAAUGCGUCCGGAGACGGUAACGGCGGCGACGUGGAGUCCGUCGCCAGCGAGGACAGCGAAAUCGAUCGUGCCGCUGUCGACCUCGGCCGAAACCCGUGCCUGUACGAGAACAAGGCCAACACCGCCUGGAAGGCCCUCAAGUUCUCCGCCAGUCACGCCAGAGAGGGCUACCGCCGCUGCGGCUGGGUCUUUUGGGACGACGACCGCCUCAAGAGGCGCCGCUUCUGGGCCUCGGACGAAGUGAAGGUCGACAAGGUCACGGCCAUAGAUCUGGACGCUGCCGAGAACAGGUGGAUCACCGAGCGUCUUAUCCCCGGCACCGUCGAGUUGUUUGACAAGCAGGACCUGUAUGAGGAGUUUGGACUUGCCGUGACCAGCAUGGCUGCGCGUAAGGAGGUCUACUUUCUGAUGCAAGUCUCCAAGGAGCUCGUGGCUGCGUUUGGCGACGACGAAUGGGACAGAUACGUCCAUCCGCUUUCCCGUGCGGAUGGUUCCAAUAUGCUCCCGCGAUCCUGGGACCUUUUGAUCAACGGCGAAGCUGGCGGUGACUUCUCUCUUCCCGCUGCCUUGCUGCCUAGUGUUAUCUGGGGUUAA